UGUGGCCAGAACUCCACCCCUUAGCUCCCAGGCCUGCCCCUGACUGGACCCGGAAUCUGUCAGUCAGUCUGCGGAAGGAACCCCACCCAUGUCCUUAGCUCCCUGCCUACUCCUGAUGGGACCAGAGACCUGUCGUCAUUCUGUGGCCAGAACCCCACCUCCGUAGGCUACGCUGCCCGCCCCUGACUGGACCAGGAACUUCUCUCCGGGCCCUGGCGCACCUCCGCCAUGGCCUCCGACAUCCUGGAAAUGAUCCUGGAGGAUGGGCCACUCCGGAUGCUGUUCCGCGAGAUGGAGUGCAACGAGGACUGCAACGCCCUGAACGUCUUCUUCUAUGUCAAGAAGAACGAGGUAUGCACCCCGCACACGGUUGUGGCCCAGAAGAACGCAGACGGCAUCUACACCACUGACUUCGAGGGCCAGACCUCCUUCCAGUUCCACGUAUUGGAUCCCGCUAGGCUCUUCGUCUUCAUCAAUAACAUGGGGUCCAGCGGCACCACCAGCCGCCUCAGCUUCCUUGUGGUCAAAUUGAAAGUCAUAAAUGACGACCGGCUGGAGGACUACGCGAGGCUCACGGAGCAGAAUGGGAUCCCGCAGAAGUACAUCCGGCGUGUGGGCGACACAGACACCUGUCCACCCUGAGGACGCCUCCCUUGGAGAAGGUGCCAGAACAUUCUAGACCAUUCCAGAACCGCCCCUCCUGCACAAUGAUUCCUCCCCUGAUCGCCUCACCAUCUCCUCCCACCUGCGAACGCGCUAGUAUGCUCCGGAACAUUCUAGAGCAUUCUGGAUUGAUCCAAGAUGGUCUGGAUUGUUCCAGAAUUUCUAGAAAGCUUCGGAACAUUCUAGAAUCGGCCGUCCCCAGCUUUCUCUGCUUCCUGUUCAUGGAAUAAACUCAUCCCAGGCACAGUCCCAGUCGUUUAUUUUAAACGAUUUUUAUUGUUCCGUCAAAAGACAGAGUGAGCUGGUGGAGGAACCCAGGGGCUACCUCCGGGUCUCCCUGCACUGUCAGUCACCGUUCACUGACAAGGGGGUGGGCUCUGUCAUCUGGUGGCUGUCAAUCAGCCCUGAGUGACACUGGGGGGGUUCUCCCCGACUCCACUGGCAGCCAGUCACACUCCACCAGGAUCCCAGGGCCACAUCCGGGUCCCCAUGGCCACAUCCGGGUCUCCAGGGCAAUAUCCGGCUCCCCAGGGCUCCACUCAUGUCCGCAGUGACACA